AUGAUCACAAUACCUCUGCAAGUGAUCAUUAAUGCAGGAUCACAAAAUGAUGGAAGCUCAAGUCCGACUAGCUCAAAGGAAAUCUUACGAUCUCUCAUGCAAGACGUCAAUGCAGCCAAAGAUUCCGCUUGUACCGUCAAAAAGAAAGCUGAAAAACGACCAAAAGGAUUCCUUCGAAAAGAUGUAAUGAUCGAAAGAAACAUAAAAUUUCUACUAAAACACAAUCAAAAUCUCUCCGUGGAAGAUGCAAAAGAGCAAGCAAUCCGUAGGUACGAAGCAUACAUUGAUACACAAAGAGAAAAAUCAAGAUUACGCUCUCAAGAACAUCGAAAAGUAAAAGAAUUUGUAAGACGUAUUGACCCAAAUCUUGCAAAGAUGGUUACACGAGAUCCACCAACGAAAAAGAUACACUUUAUUGCACGAAAGGAAGCGCAAAUUAAGCGAGAACAUGUUGGUAUUCAACACCCUGAUGCCUCGAAAAUGGCACAAAAAAUGUAUGACGAUUUAGUUGAAGACCGUAAAAGGAGGCAAAAUCGAUUUAAAGAAGCCAAAAAACAGAAGAAUAUACAAACUGGCAGAAAGAAGCAGUGA